AUCGCAGGCCGCUCCCGUGGUAGGCGCACGCCCCCUUCCACGUCGACCUGCACCCUCGCCAUAUUUUCACGCCGGAGACAACCGGGCCGCUCCGUUUUGCUGGCGAAGUGAAACCAACGAUUCGAUCCCGCUGCAGGACGUACAAGGAGAAAGUUGACAUUGUUUUUUUUAAACAACAACAACAAAAAAAAACAAAACAAAACCAGACAAACAAAACAAAAACCGGAGGAAGUCCAUCUGAAGUUGGCGUUGGAGCUGUGAACUUUUGGCACCAUGAACGUCUUCCGCCUGACUGGGGACCUUUCCCACUUGGCAGCCAUCAUCAUCCUGCUGCUGAAGAUAUGGAAAAGCAGGUCGUGCGCAGGCAUCUCCGGAAAGAGUCAAAUCCUCUUUGCGUUGGUGUUCACCACGCGCUACUUGGACCUGCUCACCUCCUUCAUCUCGCUCUACAACACGUGCAUGAAGGUGAUCUACAUCGGCUGCGCGUACGCCACCGUCUACCUGAUCUACGUCAAGUUCCGGGCCACGUACGACGGCAAUCACGACAGCUUCAGGGUGGAGUUCCUGGUGGUGCCCGUCGGGGGUCUGGCUGUGCUCAUCAACCACGACUUUUCCCCCCUUGAGAUCCUGUGGACGUUCUCCAUCUACUUGGAGUCGGUGGCCAUCCUCCCGCAGCUCUUCAUGAUCAGCAAGACCGGCGAGGCGGAGACCAUCACCACCCACUACCUGUUCUGCCUGGGUCUGUACCGAGCCCUCUACCUUUUCAACUGGAUCUGGCGCUUCUACUUCGAGGGCUUCUUCGACAUGAUCGCCAUCGUGGCCGGCGUGGUCCAGACGAUCCUCUACUGCGACUUCUUCUACCUUUAUGUCACCAAAGUUUUGAAAGGGAAGAAGCUGAGCCUGCCGGCGUAAGGACGCCCGACGCCGAGUCUCAGGCGGGCGGCGGACUUGGGACGCCGGCGCCGCCCGAGACAACAAAUCCCGGAAUGUCGUCGCCAACGUUAACGGGGAGGGGGGGGGAGAAACAAAACACUUGCGAGUCUUGUCGAGGGAUGAACGCCGACGGAUGGCGCGCGGCGGCGCUCGCCGUCCGACAGGCGAGCCGAACAAGCGUCAUUCCGAGGUGGACCGUCGUCACAUUUCCGUGUUCAGCGUUCUCGCCUUAAGCCUUUUUCUUUUCUUUUUUUCUUUUUUUUUUAUUUUUUCUUUGUUGUUCCAAUAGGAGAAAAGGCUUCUUUUCGCCGUACAUGUGAGGUGCGUUCACUUUUAUUAUUUUCCUCUUUUUUUUUUUUUUUUACAAAGUCACAACUUGGGCAACUCAUGGUAAGGAAAUGGACAAAUGUACAGUCUUAUUAAAAAAAAAAAAAAACGUAUCUGCGUGCCUCAUAACAACCGUGUCCGAUUUCUCAUAGUAUCUUUUUUUUUUUUCCUCACUUCUUUUGUACCUGUAUUAUUUCAUAUAUGUAUGUAUCCAUUCUGAGAACAGUUUUAAAGGCCAACAAGCACAUUUCCAGCAUAUAAAACAAGAAAAUAUCUUUUAAUAAUGACAGAGCUAGCAGAUGUCUAAAUAAUUCAAGACCAGCAAUCAUUUUUUUUUUUUGUCGCUGUCACUACAUUCUUGGACGGAUCUUAAAUCACAACGAGGAUAAAAAAUAAUUUUGUUUUAAGCCAUCGAUUGUCAAAUUUUGCCUUUUUUUUUUGGUCAUGACUUUGCUGUCCGCUCGAUUAUGAGCGACGUUUAAUGUGCAACAACGACCGACCCGACAAAGUUGAUGACUCCUCGAGGGAUAUUAACCUUUUGUUUUUUUUCUUUGCAUGAUUUCGCCUCCAUUAAAGGUUUUAUGAGAAUCA